AUGGAGGAGCAAAUGGCGAUCUUGACAAAGGCCAUUGAAGGGUUAACAAAGCACAUUCAAGAACAAGACUCCCAAAUCGCGAUGUUGCGGGACAAGGUUGACGGUAGUCACGACAUGGGAAAACAAGGCGAAAAUCACACCGAAGCUGAAACUUCUGCAAGGCGACAUCCAAUCGAAAGGGAGAAGAGCCCGGCUGAAGAAUUCCAGGUUUCGUCAGAGGGGUUGAUUCCUAUAGACCAAUUGAAGGAGUUCAUCAUGGGGACUAUCAAAGACAAAUUCAAUGAGGGUUCAAAAUCGUCAUCAACAUAUACCAAGCCAUACACUCUAAGAGUAGACGACUUGAAGAUGCCAAUUGGUUACCAACCCCCGAAAUUUCAGCAAUUUGAUGGCAAGGGUAACCCAAAACAGCAUGUGGCACAUUUUGUUGAAACUUGUAACAACGCCGGGACUUUCGGAGACUAUCUCGUUAAACAAUUCGUCCGAUCGUUGAAGGGGAAUGCUUUCGAUUGGUAUACGGACCUAGAACCGAACUCAAUUGACAGUUGGAGUCAGAUGGAACAAGAAUUUUUGAAUCGCUUCUACAGCACCCGAAGAACAGUGAGCAUGAUCGAGCUCACAAACUCUCGCCAGUGGAAAGAAGAGGCCGUCAUUGACUAUAUUAACCGCUGGAGGAAUUUAAGCCUGAAUUGCAAGGACCGAUUGUCAGAGGCUUCAGCUAUCGAGAUGUGCAUUCAAGGAAUGCAAUGGGGACUCCGAUAUAUCCUGCAAGGGAUUCAACCUAAGAGUUUUGAAGAGUUGGCCACUAGAGCGCACGAUAUGGAGUUGAGCAUUAUGGCUAGUGGAGUUGAGGGACCACCAGUUCAAGAGCCUCGACAGUCGAAAGAAAAACAGGACUUUCGGAAGGUGGGUAGAGUUUUCUCUAAGACCUCAAGCAAAGAAUCUUUGGCAGUGAAUGCGACCCCUAUCAAAUUUCAAGGAAAAGUGAACGGAAACAAUGAGGAAAAACAAGAUUUUUCCCAAGAAAGAAGAAGACUUACUCUAAAAGAAAUGCAAGCAAGGGAAUAUCCAUUCCUCGACACUGAUGUGGCUGGAAUAUUUGACGAUUUGCUAAGUUUAAAACUUAUCGAAUUGCCUGAAAUGAAGCGCCCCGAAGAAGCUAACAAAACCGAUGACCCAAAAUACUGCAAGUAUCAUCGGUUGGUCGGGCACGCAAUUCAUGAUUGCUUCGUAUUCAAAGACAAAAUUAUGCAGCUAACUCGCCAAGGAAAGAUAUCACUUGAAGAGAUCAGCGCCAAUACAAAUUUUAUCGUCAGCAGUUUUGAGUCCCUUGACAUGACGACAACAAACGUACACGAAGGAGAUGAUGAUCAUGUUAACAUCUCAUGCAACACGAUAAUUGAAAAGGAGAUCGCUGCUAGUGGAACAACUCCGUCUUCAAAUGAGGUUUGUACCGUGAUUGUUAAAUGCAUGUCAACAAUGACUUUCGCUGAUGAAGAUUUACUUCUUGGUUCCAAACCACACAAUAGGCCAUUGUUUGUUGCCGGCUAUGCUCGUGAGCAGAAGGUGAAUAGAAUUUUAAUCGAUGGAGGUUCUGCAGUCAAUAUUUUGCCGUUGCAUACUUUAAAGGAAUUGGGGAUCUCCACGGAGGAGCUCAAAACUAGUCGCUUGAUGAUCCAAGGAUUUAAUCAAGAAGGACAAAGGGCCCUUGGUAUCAUAAGGAUAGAGUUGUUAAUGGAUGAUAUGUUGUCCACCGCACUGUUCCAUGUCAUUGAUGCAAGAACCUCAUAUCGCAUGCUUCUCGGGCGACCUUGGAUACAUGAAAAUAGUGUGGUUCCUUCUUCUUGGCACCAAUGUUUCAAGUACUGUCGAGACGGAGUAGUUAAAACAAUACUCGCCGAUGAUAAACCGUUCACCGAGGCAGAAGCCCACUUUGCCGAUGCUAAGUACUAUCUUGAUGAUGAGAAGACGGUAAAGGCCAAAGAAAUUCUACCAGUUGAAGAACCAAAGCGAAGAAAUAAUCAAGACAAGGCUCCUUUAGCGUGUGAGGCUUUGAAAGAUUUGAUGUUUCCCUUAACACCAAUUGACGAGAAGCGAUCAACUUCUCAACCACCUAAAGGAUUUGUUCAUCCCACAGAAGAAACCCAAGAGGAAUGCGAAGAAUUCUCCGAGUCCCAAAUGACAAAAUGCUUUGGCCCAAAUGCUUAUAAACUCUUAGUGAAAGCUGGUUUUAACCCACAUGAAGAUUCUACGCUUGGAAGGCUUCCUGCCGAAGUUGCUGGCGAAAAGGUGCAUGGCCUCAAUACUACUCAAAUAAUGUUGAAAGAAAAAGGACAUGCUAUUCAAAGUCCUCGAGUUGGUCUUGGAUUUGUUCCUCAAAAGCCAAUUCGUAUUGCUAUCAAUAGAGCUACCAGUAAUUACAUAAUCGAAGACGAAUUCUCAUCAACAGACGAUUUUCUUGAAAGUGAGACAAAAGUGAGAAGGACAUCCGUCUUUGAUAGGCUUACACCAUCUGUCUUCGAUAGACUUGCGCCAUCCGUCUUUGAUAGACUUGGACCACUUAGAGAGUGGGGGCAUAAGAAAUGCGACAAACGAGGGUUUGAUAGACUUACGCCAUCCGUUUUUGAUAGGCUUGGACCACUUAGAAAGUGGGGGCAUAACAGAAGCAACAAGCAAGAGUUGGGUGUCUCUAAUACUAAAAUCACCAAAACACGAAGGGUUCGAAGUUCGAUUCCAUCUCGCAUGAAACGACGUACUUAUUUAACCAUAUCAUGUGGUGAAGAGUUGAAGGCUAAAAUACGAACCGUCGUCUUUACAAAAAUCCAAGACGGCGAGGAAGAUGACAGAGAAAGUGUGGCAUCAUCGUAUCAUAUCACUUUAACUGAGAUAGACGUGAUUGAGGAAGAAGACGCUGAAAUUGCUCCACCCGAGCUUGAAGAAGGAGUCAAAGCCACCAUCGAUGAGUUAAAGGAAAUUAAUUUAGGAGAUGCGGAGAAUCCUCGACCAAUCUACAUUAGCGCUUUACUGGCUGUCAAUGAAGAGGAGACUUAUGUUGAAUUGUUGCACGAGUUCAAGGAUGUGUUCGCAUGGUCUUAUAAAGAAAUGCCCGGAUUGGACCCAAAAGUGGCAAUACAUCAUCUCUCCGUGAAGAAAGGAGCUCGCCCUGUGAAGCAAGGCCAACGUAGAUUUAGACCUGAAUUAGUCCCUGCAAUUGAGGCUGAAGUGAACAAACUUAUUGAAGUUGGUUUCAUUCGAGAAGUCAAGUACCCAACAUGGAUUUCAAGUAUCGUCCCUGUUAGAAAGAAGAAUGGACAAAUUCGUGUGUGUGUUGACUUUAGAGAUUUGAACGAAGCAUGCCCUAAGGACGACUUUCCAAUGCCAAUAGCCGAACUAAUGAUUGAUGCUACUACGGGCCACGAAGCAUUAUCAUUUAUGGAUGGAUCGUCCGGAUACAAUCAAAUACGAAUGGCGCCAAGAGAUGAAGAAUUAACAGCCUUUCGCACUCCUAAGGGCAUCUAUUGCUAUAAAGUGAUGCCAUUUGGCUUGAAAAAUGCCGGUGCUACAUACCAAAGAGCCAUGCAGAAGAUAUUUGAUGACAUGCUCCAUAAAGAUGUUGAAUGUUAUGUGGAUGACUUGGUGGUUAAAUCCAAAAGAAGGGAAGAUCAUCUCCAAAAUUUGAGAAAAGUCUUCGAGCGCUUGAGAAGGUACCAAUUGAAGAUGAAUCCAUUGAAAUGUGCAUUUGGUGUUACUUCGGGAAAGUUUCUUGGAUUCGUAGUUCGUCACCGAGGCAUAGAAAUCGAACAAGCCAAGAUUGAUGCAAUUUUAAAGAUUCGCGAGCCUAGGAACAUUCAUGAGCUCAAAAGUUUGCAAGGAAAGUUGGCAUAUCUAAGAAGGUUCAUUUCAAACUUAGCCGGUCGAUGUCAACCAUUCAGCCGACUUAUGAAGAAAGAUGUUCCCUUUGAAUGGGAUGAAGCUUGCACUAGUGCCUUCGAAAGCAUAAAAUCGUAUUUAACGAAGCCUCCUGUGUUGAUUGCACCAGUGCCCGGACGAUCGUUAAUACUCUAUAUUGCUGCUCAAGAUCGAUCUGUCGGCGCUUUACUAGCCCAGGAGAAUGAUGAUGGAAAAGAGAGCGCCUUAUACUACUUGAGUAGAACAAUGACACCAAAUGAAUUGAACUACUCACCAAUCGAAAAGACAUGCUUAGCGCUCAUUUUUGCAAUUCAAAAGUUGAAGCAUUAUUUUCAAGCACAUGUUGUUCGUCUGAUCUCAAGGAUGAAUCCUCUAAAGUAUGUCAUGUCAAAACCCGUCCUAUCCGACAGACUCGCAAGGUGGUACCUGCAAUUGCAGCAAUUUGACAUAACAUAUAUUCCACAAAAGGCUGUGAAGGGACAAGUUCUCGCCGAUUUCUUGGCGGAUCACCCUAUCCCUGCAGAGUGGGAGCUAUCCGACGAUUUACCCGAUGAAGAUGUUCUUGUGAUUGAAGUUAGUCCUCCCUGGAAGAUGUACUUUGAUGGAGCUUCACACAGAGAAGGAGCUGGCGCAGGAGUAGUUUUCAUCACACCCAACGGCGAAGUGUUGCCUCACUCUUUUACCUUAACACAAAAUUGCUCUAACAAUGUUGCUGAAUAUCAAGCUCUUAUCCUUGGGCUAGAAAUGGCAGUUGAUAUAAAGCAACUAAAUUUGGAGGUAUAUGGAGACUCCAAGUUGGUGAUCAAUCAAAUACUCGGAUCGUACGAAGUAAAGAAGCUCGAUUUACUCCCUUAUGUGGAUUAUGCUAAAAAACUUAUCGGAUACCUUGGUAAUGUGACGAUAGAGCAUGUGCCAAGAAAAGAUAACAAACAAGCAGAUGCAUUGGCAAAACUUGCUUCUACUUUAGCCAUGCCCGAAGACGGAGCUCGUAUAUCAAUUUUCAAGAGGUGGGUCGUACCACCAAUUUUUGAACACGAAGAAAUUGAAGAAGACGAAACUCGAGUGGUUUACGUGUUUGAAAUCGAGAAAGAAGAUUGGCGUCAAUCGUUUGUGGAUUACUUGAAGUACGAAAAGUUGCCUAAUGAUCCACGUCAAAGGGUUGAUAUUCGACGUCGUGCGGCUCGUUUCAUCUACUAUAAAGAUACACUUUAUAGACGUUCAUUUGAUGGAGUCUUCUUGAGAUGUUUAGGUGAUGACGAAGCCGUUCAAGCCAUAGAAGAAGCUCAUUCCGGAGUUUGCGGCGCCCAUCAGUCAGGACCCAAGCUACAUUUCCGAAUAAAAAGAAUGGGCUAUUAUUGGCCAUCUAUGGUGAAGGACUGCAUGGAGUAUGCCCAAAAAUGCCAACCUUGUCAAUUUCAUGCAAACUUUAUCCAUCAACCUAUGUCAAGCCAUACACACAAAGGAUUGAUGAUCUAAAGAUGCCAAUGAGCUAUAUACCUCCAAAGUUUCAACAAUUUGAUGGCAAAGGCAACCCCAAGCAACAUGUGGCACACUUCGUCGAGACUUGCAAUGAUGUCGGGACGUACGGAGAUCACCUCGUCAAGCAAUUCGUCCGAUCACUCAAAGACAACGCGUUUGAUUGGUACAUUGAUUUGGGGGCAAACUCCAUUGAUAGUUGGAAGCACUUAGAGGAAAAAAUUCUCAACCGCUUUUACAGCACUCGAAGAACAGUCAGCAUGAUUGAGCUCACCAAUUCCCGCCAAUGGAAGAAGGAACAUGUCAUCGACUACAUCAACCGUUGGAGAAACUUGAGUCUUAAUUGCAAUGAUCAACUGCCUGAGACAUCAGCUAUUGAACUGUGCAUCCAAGGAAUGCAAUGGGGACUCCGAUAUAUCCUUCAAGGAAUUCAACCUAAAAGUUUUGAAGAGUUGGCCACUCGAGCACAUGAUAUGGAAUUGAGCAUAACUGCAAAUGAAGUCGAAGAACCUUCAUUCCAAAAGUCGUAUCAGCUCAAAGAAGAACAUGUUGAAGAAGAACAGGAAGAUCAUGAGGAUGGGGGCAAGUCUUUUGAAGAAACAACAUCCUAUGCAAUAUGACAAAUCAAGUGAAACACUCCUUGACACGAGUU